UUUUUUUUUUCUUGAUAACUAUGAGCGCGAAAAAGAAACAGACACAGAAAUGUGCACCAGAAGCCGGAGGACGGAAAACCGGAACAAAGCGCUCUUCCGAGCGACGCGUUCCUCUCUCUCUCUUUCUCUUUUUCUCUUCCUUUCUUCUGUUCCGUGAUGCGAACACGAUCCUGAGUAAGACUCGCGCACACGACGCACCGACUGGGCCCGGAAAACGACUGACGCGAAUGGCGAACUACUCGCUCGGGGCCCCACCACUCCGCCAUUUUGCUCCCAGACCGGGAGCUUGGUUGGAUGAAGAAGAGGGAGUGCCAGAUUUGCAACUUUUGCAUCGACAAUAUGAAAACGUUGAAACGUUUCUGGAGGCACCAGAAUUUGCAUGCUUUAAUUAUGACGAGUGAGACCGUUACGUUAGUGCGAAUCGCGGAAAUGCAGCUACGUUCGCUCGGUAGCUCGUUUCCUGCCGUUCCGAAAUAAUCUGUCUCGCUGCGCUU